UGUGUUCGACGGCGUCGUUUAACGGUGCCUCCAGCCUACUGCGCUCCAUCUGAGGGGCGCCAUGAGAGCGCCGGCGGCUCUCCUGGAUAACGCCCGCACAUGUGCCCUCGCAAAUCCCAUUGUAGUGGCGGCCGGGGCGCCGGUCAUCCGGUCGUUCCCCUUUGUGGUGUGGUACGACGUCUCCGUCGAAGCUGCAGUCUGCUCCCACGCUCGCAUCGUCGAGCGGAGUUUCCUCUUCCAGCGGCAGAUGGAAGGUGUCCUGGAGCUAGCUUGCACGGAUUUGACUCAUGAUGUGGGUGUUAAUCUCGUCGACAAUCUUGUUUCUUGGGCACAUGAUCGCUCUUUCUCUAGCUUGGAAAUUCCGCCGGCUUUGCUUUCUUUACUGGACUACCUUCAGAUGAAUUCAGACACAUAUUUUUUGUGAGUCGGUACUCCUGAAAGUUCUUCAAUAGGAUUCCUUUCCAUUGGUAAUCGCAUCGAGCAUAUUGUAUGCCAUCAUUUUUGAAGGAAAAAAGGAGUGACCUGUAAGCAAACACAGUUUCAAGAUUAGUACUUGUUCAGUCUCUACCAACUCCAAGGCUUUAAUUGGAAAGAAUGAUUAGAUCAUGGUCUUCAUGUUGUUUGUAAGAAAUAAGACGUGCAUAGCCUAA